AUGUUCCUGUCCAACCCACUAUCCUUAAAUCUUCUUUUUUUGCUUCUUCUCCAUGCAGCGAGCGUGAAAACUAGUACCCUGCGUACUGCGCCGGUCGCUGCAACGACGGCGGAUCUAUUCAACCUUGCGUACCCUGUUGUUGCAUACCCGGUUGCUUCUGACAAACAUGAUGCGACAACAUAUCUCAUUGCCUGUCCUACGGGAACCGACACGGCAUCCUGCGAGUUCGAGCAGCCUUUUACAAUGAUUGAAGGGCCAAAGACGCUCCAUUUUGGAUUCGUAGCACCAACUGCUUCAUCAACACAAACAUUUAUAUUCGAUUGCGCCCUUCGUGGAAGAACUUCUAUGGGAUGCACUGCAACUGGUGUCUCAGAUGACGCCUCUCCUUCCGCGCCAAUCACCACAACUGAAGCAAUCACUUACACAGGCGAGACCGCGAAUGGGUUCUUCCGCUCUGUGAGUUUGGUUACGGAUUCGAGGUUAUUAAUGACGCAUACGCCGGGUGUUUUGAAAGGAGCUGGGAUUUAUACCACGGGGGUUGAGGAAACAAGUAGUGAGAGGACGGUCAAGACUGGCUCGUUGACUAGGACGGCGGAUUCGACUGCGUCGAAGACAGCCGGUGUCUCUCUGACUAAAACUGGGCAUUCGGUAACGAAGACGACGAAUGUUCCUUCGGUGGAGGUUGUUCUGAGUACUGCGAUUGUGUCUCCUAAAGAGUCGGAAGCAGUCGCAUCUGAGUCAGUGUUGACAGAUGCGGUGGAGAGUUCUGUGAGGACCACGCCGUUUGCGACUUCUUCUUCGGCAGCUACCUCUGGCACUUCCACUGCUGCACCAGCUUCUAUCACGACCUCGGGCGGACGUAUUGAAAGCGCCAGCUGGAGCUUGAUGGCAGUUGCAAUCCUACCUAUUGUGGUCGCAGUAGGAGAUAGUAUCCUAUAA